AGCACAUAGAUCGUGUGCAAUUAUUGUGUGUCAUAAAUGUUUUAGUCACACAGUAUUAGCUGACAUUUCCCCAUCACUACAGAGUAGGCUUGAAUUUGCACGGUGUAUGCCUGACUUCACACAGUCUGCAGGGGUUUUCUUUAAAAAUACUGGAUGCAUUGUCCUCCUAUGCAUGCCUAACAGUGUUUGAUGGUGAGCCAAAUGGUUUUGUUUAAUUGGCCCAUCCACUAUGCUGAAACUACUAAUUAAAGAAAAGAUUUUUUAUGUUUUAAAACAGGCUAAAUGUACUUAGCCAACAAUAAAUGAAAUGAGUAUUUUGUUGCAUUUUAAAAAAUGGUGCCUGUUCGAGUUAGACAUAAAAUAUAGUCGCAGUUUAAAUGUACAACUGACCAUUAUUUUGCAGACCUCCAUGGGCCCCUUAAGUAGCUGGGGCCCCAGGAAGAUUUCUUCUUUUUACACCCUUAUGGAUGACCUUGUUUCCAGCUGAUCCCUUUUUUCCAUCAGUGAAAUUCUCCUUGAGUGUCCUGAAUCAAAGAAGUGGAAACGGAUCAUUGUUGCAGUUGGUGGAUAGAGAGUGUGAGGACAAAGCGCAGACUAAUGUAGGGGAAGAAACGAUGGGCGGAUUGAUGAGUUGUGGAAGCGACUCAGUGGAAACUGUUUUGAUGUAAAUGUAAUGUGAAGUCCUGCACUCUCUGAGUCUGGGUGUUUUUGUCAUAAUAAGAUUUAUACAAAAUAUGCACAAAGAUGUUGAUGAUAUGCAGUGUUGUCUGGUUGUAUACAUGCAUGAGUUUCUUGUGCCUGCAUCAGACUUAAGUGUAUGUAUGAGUUGUGUGUGUCCGUGCACGUGUGUGUGAUGUCAGUCAGCCCACGGCGGUGCAGUAGAAUGGGUCGUUCUGAAUAUAAAUCAGGUGACUGAACAGGCGGGGGUUUCUUCCCAGACAAGCCCAGUAGAUUGUGUAAUGCCCACUCCUACAUUACUGGUUUGCGUGUGCACGUACGCACACAUACACAACCACUUCUCCCCACAACAAGCCGUGUAUUUACCAGUCUGCCUUCAGAUUGACCACCAUGCUGGAGCACACUCUCUGAAGCUGACUGGUCUCUGAUUGAAGCUUUGAGAUCAUCUUCAACUUUAACCUUCCCUUCUUGGAUUAGUUUCCUUCUGUAAAUUUUUUUCUGUCCAUUCAGGUUUUUCUCUUUUUAUAUUCACUGCUGCACUGGACUCGUACCCAUUUGUGAAUGCUGAGGUUGGUGGGUGACCCUCAAAAACAAGGAGGUGAAGUGGUAACCAUGUGGAUCCCGACCCCCAGCAUGACUCUCCCUCAGCGGGUGGUGCUCUACGGGACGUGCUUGGUGGCACUGAUGAACUCUGUUGGUCUACUGGUGCUCCUGGUCCAGCAGAACCAGCAGCGUGUUUUGCUGGAGCAGACAGAAGGGAGGCUGACGGAGGUGCAGCAGAGCUCGGUGGUGGAGUUCAUCCAGGAGGUACCCAGAAGAGCAGCAGGGUUGAGAGCGGGUGUCGGGGACCAGCCGCAGUUUCAGUACCAGUUCUCCAGGAAUAAGAGGAGCGAGGAGCUGCAGAAGGAACUACAGCAGGAGCUUCAGCUGGAAGAAAUGGAGGAGGUGAAGGAGCAGGAGGUUAGCCAGGAAGUGGGAGAGGAAGCAGAGAAGAAGAUGAAGAAUGAAGUGAAACACAAGCACAGACACAGCCAGAGUUACCACAGGACACACGUGCAGGAUGACAUGAUGAUGAUGAUGACCUACUCCAUGGUGCCGAUCAAGUUGUUGAUUGACAUUUGCAACAGCACCAAAGGAGUCUGCAUAGCUGGACCUCCAGGACCGCCUGGUCUGCCCGGUGCGGACGGUAUGCCCGGGUACAAUGGGACUGAUGGCAUCCCAGGACUGAAUGGGGUGCCCGGGGCUGAUGGGAAAAGAGGAAAAAAAGGUCCAUCAGGUGAGAAAGGAGAACCAGGUGAAAAAGGAGAGCCAGGAGAGCCAGGUCCACCUGGAGAGAAAGCUCAACCAUCCAAUGACGUUAUCAUUGAGGGUCCUCCUGGUCCUCCAGGGCCUCCUGGUCCCAUGGGCCCUCCAGGUCCUCCAGGUCCUCAGGGGCCUUCCAGAACCAGGCAUCACAGAGCCAACCUUCAGGCUGCUCAUACUCUGGGGCUGUUGCAUGCAGUUCCUAAUGAUGGAACCUCACCUGUAAAGGAGGCUCUUAAAAUGCAAGAGAAGCCUGCUAAGAAGAAUGAGUGCCUGAUCAAGUCUCUGAUCAACCCCAGGAAUGUGGCAAAGAUGGAGAGCACAUUUGGCACCUGGAUGAGAGAUACUGCUCGACUGGAUGAUGAGAGAAUCUGGGUGGCAGAACAUUUCUCUGGUCGUGUGGUGAAGGAGUAUCAGAGCAUUGCCUCCUUCCAGAACAACAGCAGCAACGUUGUGGAUGUCAAAAAGUUUUAUCAAGGCUGUGGCCACACUGUUCACAACGGUUCCUUCUAUUAUCACAUCGCUGGAACCUCCAGCAUUGGAAGGUUUGACUUCCACACCAAGAAGCUCCACACUCUGACAAUAGAGAACGCUCUGUAUCACAGCCUUGCCUACCUGCUCCACAACUCAAAGACUUACUUCAAACUGGCCGUAGACGAAAACAGCCUCUGGCUGAUUUUUGCCUCCAGCAUAGAUGAGAGCAUCACGGUAGCCCAGCUGGACCAAAAGACCUUCUCUGUCACUUCUUACAUUAACACCACCUAUCCUCGCACCAAAGCCGGCAACGCCUUCAUCGCCUGUGGUGUCCUGUACGUCACCGACACCAAAGACACCAGAGUCACCUUUGCUUUUGACCUGCUGAAGGGGAAGCCGGUGAACAUGACUUUUGACCUGCGGACUCCGGUUGGAGUGCUGGCGAUGCUCUCCUACAGUCCGAAGGACAGACAACUGUACGUGUGGGACAACGGCUCGGUCAGGCUGCACGUGGUCCACUUCAUCACUGAUGAGUGAU